GGAUUCUGGACUCAAACCAGCAGGAUUUCCUUCUGACUGAAUCCUAUAGGAGCAAGAAUGGCAGCGUUGAAAGAGCUCCUCCUGGAGACGCUGAAUGAUUUGGGGGACAAAGAGCUCAAAGAGUUCAAAUGGUACCUACAGGCCGAGAUCCUGGAGGGCCUCCCAGCCAUCCCAAAGAGCCGCCUGGAGAAGGCAGACAGGCCGGACACCGUGGACCAGAUGGUGCAGACCUACAACCAACACUGCCUGGAGGUGACCAAGAAGGUUUUAAUGAAGAUCAACAGGAACGAUCUGGUGCAGAAUUUAUCAAACACCGGCUCAGAACCUGAAGAUGUCAGGGAUGGUUGGGAGACCUCAGACAGCAGUGGAACUUCCUCCUUGCAACCUCUUCCUCACCUUCUUAGCGACAGUGGUCAGACUGAAGAUUUGCGGGUGCCCACACCAAAGCCUCCCCAACUCAUCACAUCGUACCAACACAUGCUCCAAACGAACCUCCAAGACAGGUUUAUGUGUGCAGAAGAAGGAUGGUUAGACAGGAAGGAUAAGAAACAUCUGGAUGAUAUCUACACAGAGCUCUACGUCACAGAUGGGGGAAACAUAAACAUCAACCAGCAGCACGAGGUCAGGCAGAUUGAGAUUCCAUCAAGAAAACCAACGGACACAGAGAAGCCAAUCAAACCCAGUGACAUCUUCAAACACCCUUCUGGAAAAUGCACACCCAUAAGAAUGGUGCUGACCAACGGCAUUGCAGGAAUUGGCAAAACCUUCCUCGUGCAGAAGUUCAUCCUGGACUGGGCUGAAGGACGAGCCAAUCAAGAUGUGCAUCUUGCAUUCCCUUUUACCUUCCGUGAACUGAAUUUGCUGAAAGGAGAAAGGUUUCGUUUUGCAGAGCUCAUUCACAGAUGUAUCAGGGAAACCAUCAAUAUCCAGGAGGAGGCUCUUAAUUACAUCUUCACAGAGAUACAGACAUCUGGAAACUCCAACUAUGACAAGAGCAAAUUCAAGCUUCUGUUUGUGUUGGAUGGUCUGGAUGAGAGCCGCCUGUCUUUAGACUUCACUGCCAAUGAAAAGCGCCUUAUUGAUGUUACAGAGUCGACCUCUGUGGACGUUCUAUUGACAAACCUCAUCAAGGGGAAACUGCUUCCCUCUGCUCGCCUCUGGAUAACCACACGACCUGCAGCGGCCAAUCAGAUCCCUGCCGAGUGCGUUGACAUGGUGACAGAGGUGAGAGGCUUCACUGACCCACAGAAGGAGGAAUACUUCAGGAAGAGAUUCAGAGAUGAGGAGUGGGCCAGAAGAAUCAUCUCCCACAUCAAGACGUCACGAAGCCUCCACAUCAUGUGCCACAUCCCAGUCUUCUGCUGGAUCACUGCUACAGUUCUGGAGGACAUGUUGAAAACCAGUGAGGGAGGAGACCUGCCCAAGACCCUGACUGAGAUGUACGCAGAGUUCCUGGUGUUUCAGAUCAAUCACACAAAGCAGAAGUAUGGCACUGAAAAGAGCAUCCAGUACAUUCAGUCACUUGCAAAACUGGCUUUUCACCAGCUGGAGGAAGGCAACCUUAUAUUCUACGAACACAAUCUAAAAGAAAGCGGCAUUAAUUUCAACGAAGCUUCAAUGUACUCAGGAGUAUUCACACAGAUCUUUAAAGAACAUCGUGGACGGAAUAGGGACAUGAAAAAUGACAUGAUGUUUAGCUUCGUCCAUCUGACCAUUCAGGAGUUUCUGGCUUCAGUUCAUGUGGUCCUGUCACUACAUAACAGAAACAAGAGUGUCAUGCCCAUGCCCCGCCUGACUGUCCAAAAUGUGUGGAUGCUUUUCAGCAAAACAUCUACAUCAAAGGUACACAGGAUUGCCAUUGACAGGGCCUUAGAGAGUCCAGAUGGUCACCUGGACAUGUUCCUCCGAUUCCUCCUGGGUCUUUCACAGGAGAACAAUCAAAACCUCUUAAGAGGCCUGCUGACACAGACAAGAAGUGGCUCACAGACCAAUCAGGAAACAGUUGAGUACAUCAAGAGGAAGAUCAGGGAGAAUACCUCUCCAGAGAGAAGCAUCAACCUGUUCCACUGUCUGAAUGAGAUGAAUGACCAUUCUCUAGUGGAGGAGAUCCAACAGUACCUGAGAUCAGGACGUCUCUCCACAGAUGAACUCUCCCCUGCUCAGUGGUCAGCUCUGGUCUUCAUGUUGCUGACAUCGGAAGAAGAUCUAGAAGUGUUUGACCUGAAGAAAUACUCUGCUUCAGAAGAGGCUCUUCUGAGGAUGAUGCCAGUGGUCCAAGUCUCCAAUAUAUCCUUACUGAGUGGCUGCAACAUCUCAGAGAAAGGCUGUGCAGCUCUGGCCUCAGUUCUCAGCUCCCAGUCCUCCAGUCUGAGAGAGUUGGACCUGAGCAACAACGAUCUGCAGGAUUCAGGAGUGAAGCUGCUCUCUGAUGGACUGGAGAGUCCACACUGCAGACUGGAGGCUCUCAGGCUGUCAGGCUGUCUGGUCACACAGGAAGGCUGUGCUGCUCUGGCCUCAGCUCUGAGCUCCAACCCCUCCCAUCUGAGAGAGCUGGACCUGAGCUACAAUCAUCCAGGAGCCUCAGGAGAGAAGCUGCUCUCUGCUCAACUGGAGGAUCCAACAUGGAGACUGGACAAGCUCAGCGUGGACCACGGUGGAGUGCAGAGGUUAAAGCCAGGUCUGAGGAAGUAUGCCUGUGAACUCACCUUCGACCUGAACACAGCGGACAAAAGCCUCCUUGUGUCAGAGGACAGCAGGAAGGUGACUUGGGUGGCAGAGAAGCAGCCGUAUCCCGACCACCCGGACAGGUUCGAUGACUGGUACCAGUUGCUGUGCAGAGACGCUCUGACUGGUCGCUGCUACUGGGAGGUGGAGUGGAAGGGAUGGGUUUAUGUCGGAGCGACUUACAAGGGAAUCAGCAGGAGCGGAUUCGUCGGCGACUGCUGUCUCGGAUUGAACGACACGUCCUGGAGUCUGGCCUGCACCGGUUCCGGUUACGCCGCCCUCCAUGACAGACAAACCAUAUACAUCAACUCCUCCGUGUCUGACAGAAUUGGAGUGUAUCUGGACUGGCCUGCCGGCUCUCUGUCCUUCUACAGGGUCUCCUCUGACACACUGACCCACCUCCACACCUUCAACAACACCUUCACUGAGCCUCUGUACCCCGGCUUCUGGUUUGGGUCAGAGCUUGGCUUUGGAUUCGACUCGGGCUCUUCGGUGUUUCUGUGUCACUUAUAGGACGUCAGGCUUCCUCUGUAGACACGUCACAAAGUGAUGAAACAUCUGGGGCGGAUCUACCAUGGGCUGGGAGCUGCCACACUGA